UGCGACUCAACCGCUCCGCUUUGUCCUAGUGUCUCGUAUGGCUUGUUUCGACCCUGCAACUGCGCGCGUAUACACACGUAGGCCACAAACCUGGACCUGAAAUGAGAUGAUGAUAACCCCUAGCACAAGAUGCAGGAAAUGUUCUCGACUAUAAAGUCUAUUGAGAUACCCUCAUGGCUGUCAACGCAAUGGAUCAUUGUGAUGUAUUGCAAACCUCAAGAACCAGAAGACUCAACUUCCUCCCUCGCCAUGUCAUCCAUCUACGACCUUGCAUUCGGCAUCGAGAUCGAGCUGUCCGUCCUCGCCUCCAAGAAAUACUCGACUUGGUCUGCUGUGGCCAAGGACAUCAGCGCACGACUGUCCAAAAAGGGGCUUCGCAACCAAGUGUGCGAUCAGCCAAGCCACCACUAUCGCGUCUGGUCCAUCGUUCAGGAAGUGACUAUUCCUAGUCAACCGGCGAAGAAUAAGUGGGCUCUGGAGCUGGUGUCUCCCAUCUUCACCCUCAGCUCGACAUGGCUGGCCGACCUGGAGACCAUCUUCACCGAAGUGGGAAGAGCCUUUAAGAUCGAGGAAUCCCCCCAGUGCAGCACGCAUAUCCACGUUUCCCGUCUCGACGGCCGUGACUUCACACCCGCCCAGCUCCGGUCUCUCGCGCAGGCGGCCCUCCUAUACGAGCCCUAUAUCGACAUCCUAAUGCCCCCCGGACGGACUUCCGCGUUGUCGUCCUCGUCCUCGUCGUCGUCGUAUUGGUGCCGCAGUAAUCGGCAGAGCCCCGUCUUGGCUGCUGUUGCUUCGGCCGCUGUCACUGGGGCGCACCCUUCGCCAUCAUCUUCUUCGUCCUCCUUUUCGUCCCACUCCCCCGGUUCCCCUCUCGCGGCCUGUCUGGAUCUUUUAGACGCCGCUGCCCCUCCAGCGAGACACCCGGACGAUUCUGACCAUCGUGGUGCCGUCGCCGCUAUAGUGGAGACGAUGUGUCUCUUCCCGGCCUCCAGCGCCUACGGGCGCGCCCACGGUCGAAAGAGGGACUUUGUCCACGGGAAGGUGUACAAGUGGAACUUGGAACGCCUGCUGGGCGACCACGCGGACGUGCCUCGGACCAUUGAGUUUCGUCAGCCCCCUGGAAGCACGACUGCCGAGGACGCCAUCGGCUGGGGCGUCCUGACCUUGAGUUUCGUCGCUGGAGCAAUGGCCAGUGGCAGCGGUAGGGCUCCUCUUGUCCCCCGGGGGGAGGAGGCCUCUCUGUUUGAAUUCUGGGAGCACUUACACCGUGGGGCGGAUGUACUCGGACUGGAUCCAUUCUUGACUGAGUAUCUACGGUCUUUCGUUAACCGGACGAUGCCGGUAUACUGAGCUUCUCUAUCCUGGCUGGGCAUCAAGGCUUCGACAACAAACCUGAUUCGUUAUGAUAACGUCUUUAUCUGAAUUUCACCGGUGUACCGCAGAGCACAGAUCGCGUCUGGAUUCAAAUGAAGAGGGGUGCUAGAAGACAGAUGGGUGGACAAGAGAUACAUGUAGCACCCUGUCCGUAACCCGAGAUAUCUCACCCAUGCGAGAUGGUGUCACGGCUCUCUCCUCUUCCCUGAUACAGGACCAUCACUCGAAGUAAACAGCCAA